GUACUUGUUCCGAAAAGGCAGCGUGCAGCGUGUCUUGAAGUACAACUAGAUCAGAAGUUUAAAGCUCUUUGUGUUUCGCAUCAUCUUGAGCGAAGAUCCGCAAGGCAGCGUGUCAACAUGAAAUUGGUCUUUCGAUGCAUCUUCUCAUUUUGUUUUUCGCGUUGAUCAUUCCUAACACGUCUACGACCUCGUCUUCCCGUGCCAAGAAACACACCGAUUUCGGCUCAUAUCAAACACCUUGUAUAGGCUUUUGAUAGAACAAGCAGGGAGCACGAACAGCUGGAAUAUUUUACGUUUUUGUGCUUAUCCAGAGGUAGCUACUAUAAUUUUGCACCACACAGAAUUAGUGCAAAAUCAUUUGACAACACCCGCCUUCUCUAGGUGGACCACUUUUGAGCCUCAAUUAUUUGGUGCUUCACACAUUAUAUGUACUGUUAUUUUGCUUCAAAGAUAGAUACAAAGUUUGGUGCCAGCUACUGUUAUUUUGCUUCAAGAUUAUAUGUACCUUCAAGUUUGAUAUAGCUGCUUGAGGCGGGCAUAAAUUGGCUUCAGAAACAAGUCGUCCACUGAGCAGCACUGGUACAACUUCUAGAGCUGUAUUAAUGUAGUGAAGAAGCGAAUGACCACACCAGUCAGCACUCUUUUCUAUAAACUACAGCACGCCCGCCUCGCACGACAACGGAAAAAUUGGCCCUGCGGUAGUACAACAAGCGCAAGAACUGAACCGGCCUUUAUCGCGACAAAAAGGCCAGUAUGCAUUGCAAGAGUAUCGUACUCGUAUAAAUGCAUUAGAAAUUUCCUCAGCAUGAGAAAUAAAAGUUGUAAUGCGGAUUUAGCUUCACAAAAAAAAUUGUAAUGCAUGACUGCAAUUACUAUGAAAUGAGUACGAUACUUUUACACAGGAUGCUGCGGGAGCUGUUACAACGCCAAGUGCUGGAACUGCAAAUUCAGGCGUAUCCUGUGCAAAAGUAUCGUACUCGUACUGCAAUCAUGCAUUACAAAUCUUUUUCUCAAGGUAAAUCAGCAUUACAAAUUUUCCUUCUCAUGCUGAGUAAAUUUGUAAUGCAUUUAUACGAGUACGAUACUUUUGCAGUUCAUAAGGCGGAGAAGGGACGAGUGUAUAAAAAGCAGUUGGAACUGCAAGAGAAAACAGCACGGGAGAAACAAGAACGGGAGAGAAUUUCCGAAUUGGAAAGGGAGAAGAAGUUGGAAAGAGAAAAACUCGAGAAAGACCAAAAUUGCGACAAUUUAGAAACGGAGUUGAGGCAGAAACUGGUGCGAGCAAACUGUGCGAUCGAUGCGUGAAAUCGAUGUGGUACAACUAUGACGAACACCAUUUUUACAAAAAUUCUUUUUUCCAUUCUUGCCGAGCAGGCUUCAGCCAUCACAGAUAAAAGUCGAGCAAAGCUUUCUUGCAACAAACCGAGGAUCUUCAUCAUCUUCAGAAGCUCCUGUGUAUUUUGAAAGCAGUUCUAUUUGUUCAUCCGCCUUGCUAAACAAGAUGAAGUUGAAGUGUUCUUCGCACCGGCAGCAAGUAUAUUUAAUC